UGGCCACACCUUUUUUUCCGUCUCCCAGGCAGCAGUUAAACCCAAGCCAGGCUCACAGAUAUAAGGGGAGUUUCCAGCAGUUAUGGAGAACAUUGUCUGUGUGACAGCCGGGACAACAGACUUCACGGAAACAUGUUAUGGACAAUAUUCCUAUUGCUUAAUGGACUGCUUAUUCUGGUUCUCCUCUAUUCCACUCGUACGAGACGGAAAAACGAGCCACCCCUGGACAAUGGUCUCGUUCCAUGGCUGGGCCACGCUCUCGAGUUUGGGAAAGACGCGGCAAAGUUUUUGAGUCGCAUGAAAGCAAAACACGGGGACAUCUUCACUGUCCGUGUUGCCGGUCAUUACGUGACAGUGCUGUUGGACCCAAACUCGUUCAACGAGGUGACAAAUGACACUGUGUGUCUGGACUUCGCCCGCACCAAAAAGCAGCUCCUCCGCCAGAUCUUCAGUCUGCAGCUGCCGAGCAUGGAACCCACAGCACAGAGGAGAUGGAUGGAACAGCAUUUCCGAGGCCCCUGUCUGUCCAAGCUCAGCAGUUCCAUGACCGGUCACCUCCAGAGCCUGCUGCUCAGUGACCACAAGGACUGUGGCCCCUCAGAAUGGAGACAGGACGGGCUCUUCAGCGUCUGCUACAGCCUACUCUUCAGGGCUGGAUAUCUUACUUUGUUUGAGAGGAGAGAUAAUGCCGAAGAAGUCUACAAUGAAUUCCGCAAGUUUGACAACCUCCUCAACAAAGUUGCUUACGACUCACUCAGUCGAGAGGAAAGAGAAACAGUCAACUCAUCCCGGGAGCAACUGUGGAAGCUGCUGUGCCCGAGCUGGCUGAGCGGAGGGUCAGAGACGAGCUCCUGGCAGCAGAGCUACAGCCUCUUCCUGCAGGAGCAGGGAGUCGAUGCAGAAAUGCAGAAAAGAGCUCUGCUGUUGCAGCUGUGGACCACACAGUGUAAUGCCGGACCUGCUGCCUUUUGGCUUCUGGGCUACCUGCUCACUCACCCCGAGGCCAUGGAGGCUAUUAAAUCAGAGCUCAGAUGUCUUCAUUUCCAGGAGAAUCCUACCAUCAACCCUUUGGAAUCACACAGCACACCCGUGUUGGAUAGCGUCCUGAGUGAGACCCUGCGGCUCACAGCGGCAGUAAUGAUCAAAAGGGAAGUUGUGCAGGAGAAGACACUGCUUAUGUCCAACGGACAGCGAUACCGCCUCAGACAGGGGGACAUAGUGUGUCUGUUCCCCUUCCUCAGCCCUCAAAUGGACCCAGAAAUACACCAAGACCCACAGAUCUUCAAGUACGAUCGCUUCUUAAACGAAGAUAAUACACUGAAGGACAAAUUCUACAAGGAUGGAAAAAUAUUGAAAUACUACACCAUGCCUUGGGGCGCCGGGAAAAACAUGUGCAUCGGGAAAGAAUUUGCCGUCACAGCCAUUAAACAAUUUGUGUUCUUACUCUUGACUCAUCUGGACAUGGAGAUGUGUGACCCGCAGGAUAAGUUGCCACCGGUAAAUCCAACGCGCUACGGCUUCGGAAUGCUCCAGCCGAACGGAGACCUGCGGGUUCGAUUCCGUUUGAAGACGACGUCAUAUCAGAUGUGACAUAAUGUGUUAAUACUGUUCAACCUUUUUUUUUGUAUGUACUGUAGCACUAUUUAUCCUGUUAUGUUUACUCUGUGUGACCCUGUUCUUCCUGAUAUGUCUGUAUAUAUUUAAUUUUGCUUUGUUUUAUGAAUAUUUUUCAUUAAAAAAACAUUUCACAUGUUUGAUACACAACGA